AACAGUUCGUUUCCGACGGCGACGUUCAACUUUCUCCCCCGCCCGCAGCCAACAUAGCAUACGUCUCUUCCCCAGAUCUAAGAUCGGAGUCCAAGAGCUCGUUGUGAUACGAAUCAGACCUCGCCAGGCGGCACUUGGUGGGCCUCCACGCGAUGACUUGGGACGAUCGGAUAACCUCGCGUUGCUUGUCGUGAUAGGAAGAUAGAACUUUUUGAUUGACAUUUUUUACUGCAUUCCUGGGCUCUGGGCUCCGCUUCAGCGAUGGAUUCCGACGAUGUCCCCCCUCCUCCAUAUUCCACGGUUGAUCCGCUCGCGAACUCUGCCCAACCGUUGCAAUACCGUCGAGAAGCCUUGGAGAGGAGUCCGACAGCCGACCAGGCGAGACCUGCUUCCGGUCAUCAGUCUGUGGCCUACACGGCUCCCCCGGAUCAUUUCUCCUCUGCGGCGUCCUAUUUUACGGAGAGACCGCCGACGGUCAUCGAUGAGAGCCGGACCGUUCUCCAACACCAUCUGACAAUAUACCCGCGGAGCCAGUCGAAGGAUUUCCCUCGCCGGCCGCGCUGUUGGAAUUCCCGAAGAGAUGAGAUCGCCCAGCAGGACUGGGAUACUUUCCUCAAGUUCCUGUUUCCUUCGCAUCUGGGUCUGGCUUCCGCCUCCGAUCACCUGCCUCGACGACUUCGGGCGGAGAUCCAACGGGAUCGCAAGGACCGACCGCAGGAAACAGACGACCAGCGGAGUGCUCGGAUUGCAGCCGUAGUGGAGGAGUGGAAUCUGAACUUUUUCGAGCCUCGUGCAACUCGCGUCGUGUUUGUCUACGUCACAGACCCCGAGCACGCACCUGCGUCGCCGCUCUGCCCGAAAUGCUACCCCGCUGCAACAAAGGCGUCCCAGGACGGCCAGAGUAUCGUGUCUGGGGAAUCCGCUGGGGGGGCUUCAUCGCAACAAGACACUUGGCCUGUUGGACUUCAGGGCCAGCCGUACAACGCGCAAGGGCCGAAUGGCAUGUUUGCCCAUCGAGCAAAUACAAUGCCCAAUUUCCCUUCCAACCAGGCCGCUCCUGGUCCAUUCCACCACAGCCCUUUUUUCCCGUAUGGGGCACCUCCUCACCAUUUACCCGGACAUCACUCUCCAUAUCCGCCUCCGCCUCCACCCAAUCUUGCGCCGGCACCGCAGUGGAAUAACUGGGGAUGGAGUCAACCCCCAUACGCAUCACAGUACCCCCCUCCCUCAAAUGCAAAUGGCCCUCUCGGAUGGAUUACGUCCCUAGCAUCUCAAGCCCAAAAAUACGGAGAGCGGAUCGGCGAGCAGGCCCAACAGUACGGUGAUCAGAUCAGCGCCCAGGCUCAGCUAUACGGGCAAAAAGUGGAAGAACACGCGUUAGCGCAAGGUCGGUGGUUUGAGAAGCACACGAGCCAUGGCGGACGGAAGGUCGAAGGUUUCUUCGGCGGCUUUAACUCGCGACCCUACGACCCCGGUCGACUGAGUGGGGAGCACAAGCUGAACCAGGUUACCCCUAUGGCUGCGAACAAUAACAGUGAACGCGCAUCGCCCGUCAUACCUCCAGCCCCAGCAAGAGCACUGACAGAGCCUAACAUGGCCACUCACAACCAGGCCCGGCGACACCGUAGUGACUCUAUGAGCUCGAGUGUGUCGGAGUCCUCGCUCUCUUCCGUUGAUUCCCUGUUAACGACUUCUGAUCUGAGCGCCUCCGACUACGCGAAUAUUCGGGCACAGCUUCUCUCGUUGGAUGGCCAGCACGACCGCGAACUGUAUAACACGGCGGUGGGUCUGCACCGCCAACUUGAGGAACUCAAUGCAUACCGUCGCCAGGCCCGGAUCAACGGGCUUGAUAGGCCUGGCCCUUGGCGGCACGGCAGGGGUUAUCAUCAUGGGGGCCGGGGAGGACGAUGGGAAUCCCCAGAGCAACAUCAGCAAAAGUGGGCUGCCAAGCGAGCUACCAAGGAGGAAAUGCGGGCGACAAAGAAGGCCCUCCGGGAGGUGCUGCGCAGAGCUCGGGAUGAGCAUCGCGAGCAGCGGCGGUCACGACGGGCGUUGCGCCGCCAGGAGCGACGGUCCCGACGCAAUAGAGGCAACGAGGAUACCGAUGCUGAGACUCAACCGGGAAACGAAGAAGAAGAAGAAGAAAAAGAAGAAAAAGAAGCCUCUGAAGAACCUGUGCCGCUUAGUCGUGAGCUGAGCAGUCUACGCCUGGACGAGAACCCGAUUGAAAGAUUCAGGACCGCGCCGUUGCCUGUUAGCCCUAUCGAGCAGUCAACCCCUGGAUCAGAGAUUGGAUCUCUCACCACACCCAGCACGAAUUCCUCGCACGGCAGCUCUCAGGGCGUGGGCACCCCUUCAUCAACAGGUCCCACGAAAGGACUUUCGCGCGGAGAGCAUAAGCUACGGGUCAAGGAGCUGCUCAAACAGGCCAAAGAGCAACGGAAGAAGGAAGAGAAACAGCGUAAAGAGGAGAAGCAGAAGAAAAAGGACAAGAGCAAGAAAGAGGAUAAGACCAGCAAGACAACGCGCGAGGCCAGUCAGCCAUCCUCUCCGGCCACAAGUCGCCCAGACGUCAGCUUUGCGAGAGGGUCAGGUCUGACGCCGUGGAGCGGUGAUCGUGGACAGCAGAGUGGAGUGAUGAAGAGAGCGGAGCAGGCGGAAGACAGAAAGCAAUAGUUGGAUGGAAGUUCCCGGGGUCUACGAUAUGACGAUUUCUUUUCUUUUCUUUUCUUACAUUUUGAAUUGCAUAUAAGCGGUUCUCUCGUUGUCAUAGUACAUAAUAGUCAUUUAUGUGUUCAGAGGCCCAUAGACUUCGAUGUACAGUGUCGGAUUGACUCGUCAUGAAAUACAACCAGAGUCGAUUGCAUAUGUUCUUCUUCUCUUUCUUUUGGAAUAUCUCUAGCUUCAUGAAUGCGGCCGUGGUCAUCAUUCCUGAUCAACUAG